AUGGAUGAUUCAAAUGUAUUGGAUCCUUCUGUAAUAAAGGAUUUAUCAAAUCACAUCUAUGAAAAGAGAAAGGCAACAGCAUUUCAUAUCGAGAAUUUAACGAAGGCAGCCUUAGCGAGAAAUGAUAGCAGAACAAUCUAUAAGAUUAUUAAUGAAUUGACUAUAUUAACGAAUGGAGGUACGAAUACAGGCAAGAUGGGAGCCAUAACAGCGUUAGGUAGUGUCUCUGUUGCCUUAGGUUCUUUUGCUAUUGCUUAUUUUCUUGAAGAAAUUGUUAAGCCAAUAUUUGCUACGUUUAGGGACACGGAUGCGAGAGUUAGAUACUACGCUUGUGAAUCAUUAUAUAACAUUGCAAAGAUAGCUAGGGGUGAAAUAUUACUAUAUUUCAAUGAAGUGUUCGAUAUUUUGUGUAUUUUAGUAACUGACACUGAGUCGUCUGUCAAAAAUGCUGCUGAUAUCUUAGAUAGACUAAUCAAAGACAUCGUGAGUGCAAAAUCUACUAAUUAUGUCUCAAUUCUUCAACAAGAAGCUUCCCCCAGUGAUAUAUCAGGACAUUUUAUAAACCAAGAAGGUGUUGGGAUCCAAGUUAACAAUCCUCAGGAUGCUCAAAAGGCAUUUUCUUUGCCAAAGUUCAUCCCGACUUUGUUGGAAAGGAUGUAUACUAUAGAUCCAUUUGCUAAAAAGUUUUUGAUUAGUUGGAUAGAAUUGUUUGAUGAUAUACCAGCACUAGAACUUAUUACUUUUCUCCCUAACUUUUUAGAACAGUUGAUUCGAUUCUUGAUGAAUAAUGCUCCUUCUGACGUAAGAACUGAGACUAAAAAUCUUUUAAAUGUCUUACUUAAAGAGAUAAAAUCAAUUUGCCGGGUCAAGUUCGAUCUGAAGAGGAAGCAAUUAAUUGAAGAACGGAGUAAGCUAAAAUUAGAGCAAGCUCCAAAUGGGGAUUCUACAAUAGAAGCAAAUGUUGAGGGUUUAAAGCUAAAUAAUAAAGAUGCUGACGAUGGAAGCUCCGUGAAAUCCAGCUCAACUACUAUUAUAAAGAGAAAGGAUAUUGAUGCCAAAGAAAGUCAAUCUUACCAUGAUGACGGAUAUAGAAAUGGUGAAGAGAUCGAGAAUGGUCAGAAUAUCUACGUUGAUUAUCCGACAAUUAUAAGCAUUUUAUUGUCUUUCCUAAGAGUAAAAGAAGGAAAGGGAGACAACAAGAUUAUUGAUUUGAGUGGUGAGGAUCACGAUGUUCAUUUGGAGAUUCAGUUAAUAGCUUUAAGGUGGCUUCAAGAAAUGCUAGAUAUAUCACCCACAAGCUUUGUUAAGUAUUUACCUGAUUGUAUCUCCAUUUUAACAGAAAGUGUUGCACUGGCUGACAAACAUAAAGACAAUGAAUUGAGAAGUCAACUCCUCAAAUUAAACUUAUCGCUACAACAAUUCUUGGUCAAUUUGAAUGAAAGUGGAUUAAAGCUGGAAGAUGAUGAAGAAGUAACGCCAAACUUGGUAAAGGGGCUCACUAAGGAAGUUUAUGAUGAGUUUCUUGAAUUUCACUUGGGACAGACCCUUCAGGUUCUUAUGCAAGAGUGCUUGGAAUCUACAGAUGAAUUAUCAAAAAUCACCGCAUUGGAUUGGUUUAUAUUUUUGUACUCAAAGUAUCCUGAACAAUUUUUCAAAGGUGAAAGCGACGAGGCUUUAGACUUUACCACACUAUUACGGUCAUCGAUUGACGCCAGCAACGAUGUAAUAUUGCGUGUGUUAAAGCUCUUAUCGAAGAUAUCUGAAAGUAAUGAGGUAUUUUUCAAAAAUUUUAUGGGCAGACUAGUACACUUAUUUCAAAGUGAAUUGGUAGAUAAGCCUGAACCUUCAAGUUUGUCAGGCGGUAAAGUCGAAUUUAUCAUUAGGAAGCUUUGUGUGACACUCAGCUCCGAGAAGAUAUAUCGAGAGUUUUCGGAGGUUUUGAAAGGAAUCGAGGAUUUGAAGUUCUUGAACUCAAUGCUAGUUACCCUAAACACUAUAUUAUUGACGGCUCAAGAAUUAGCAGGCUUGAGGAAGAAAUUAAAAAACCUUGACUCGCAUAAGAUUGAAGACUGGUCAUUAUUCGCAUCAUUAUUUCAAAGCUGGAGCAACAAUGCUCCCAGUGCCCUAUCGUUGUGUCUUCUCACCUCGAAUUAUGAACUUGCUUACUUGAUAAUAAAAAAUUUAUCAGAGCUUGAGGUCGAUUUCCAGCUCUUGACACAACUCGAUAUACUUGUGCAGCUAUUGGAGUCUCCAAUCUUCUUGAAAUUACGCCUACAACUUCUUGAACCAGAGAGGAACCCAUAUCUCUACAAGACUCUUUAUGGCUUGCUAAUGAUCCUUCCCCAGUCAUCAACAUUUGUAUCUUUGAAAGAGAGAUUGUCUUCUGUGUCUUAUAUACAUAGUAUCAAUGCUUCCUCUACCGGAAGUGGUGUUUCUGGAAUUGCAGGUACUGCUUCACUGCCAAUGCCCAAUAACGUAUCAUCGGGCCCUUCUACACCAUCUGCUACCUUAAGUAGUCAGCCAUUUUUGAAAAGAAAGCGCAACUAUGAGAUGCUUGAGCUUUUCACUAGGGCACAAGAAAGACAAGAGCUGUAUACUUUGCUCAAAAAAUCUAGAGAACUCUCACCUGUUGGCUCCAGGCAGUUGAGAACACAACCGCUUCACGACAAAAGAGAUUACUUUUCUGCUAAUUCUUUAAGUGGGUCUGAAAUAUCCAAUAAAGACCACAGAAAAGAUUAG